CCCUCUUUUGUGUUCCUCUCUGUUCUCAGAGAAACAGAGGAGCUUGGAAUAGGGUAAAGCUCCCACCUUUCUCGUAUUAGACGGCGAACAAUGGCAUCGGAACCGCGAAUCUAGCUCAUUUUCGCCGGAAGAGUCUCCAAAUCCAGUGAUCUCACUACCUGCUUCCCGAGGUUUCCUGGGUGUUAUUUUCCUUCACGCCAUUGAAGAACUAUAUAGUAAAUCGUUGGCUUAAAAGUACAGCUAAGUCAUGAUGACAACAGUCGAGUUUGCAACCACCUCUUGAUCUUUGUGCAUAACUUCUUGGCUCCUUGAAUAGAAAUACUGCCCUUCAACUAGCAACUUCUGGUCAAGGGGUGUGAUUAUACUCAAUGGGCUCGAGAUUCCCAUCACAUCAACUUAGCAAUGGCCUGUAUGUUUCAGGCCGGCCUGAACAACCGAAAGAGAAGCCUGUGGCAAUGAGCUCCACAGCCAUGCCAUACACAGGCGGGGAUAUUAAGAAGUCCGGUGAACUUGGGAAAAUGUUUGACCUUCAUGUUGAAAACUCCAAGUCAAGGAAGUCUGGUCCUAUUAAUGCACCUUCAAGGACUGGUUCAUUUGGAGCAAUGCCAGGUUCUGGGGCAACACUUGUCACUGGAGGAUCCAAUAGACAAAAGUCUAAUUCUGGACCUUUAAACCGACAUGGUGACCCAGUUAAGAAGUCAUCCGGUCCUCAAUCUGGUGCCAUCAACUCAAUGGGACGGCAGAACUCAGGCCCCCUCACACCUGUACUCCCUGCCACCGGCCUCAUCACAUCGGGUCCUAUCUAUUCAGGACCACUUAAUACCUCUGGUGUUCCUCGAAAAGUUUCUGGUCCUUUGGAUUCAGUUGGAUCAAUGAAGCUACACAGCGCUGCUAUUGCACAUAACCAAGCUGUUACUAAUUUAGGCAAAGAAGAUGACUAUUCAUUCAAGAGGAACUUCCCUAAGACAAUAUUGUGGGCUAUCAUACUGCUUUUUGUGAUGGGGUUCAUUGCUGGUGGAUUUAUUCUCGGUGCUGUCCACAAUGCGGUUCUCCUUGUUGUUGUUGUGAUUAUCUUCGCUGUUGUUGCUGCGCUGUUUACUUGGAAUACUUGCUGGGGAACGAGAGCUGUUACAGGCUUUAUUGCUCAAUACCCUGAUGCUGAACUAAGGACUGCAAGAGAUGGUCAAUUCGUCAAGGUCUCCGGGAUUGUUACCUGUGGAAAUGUUCCCCUUGAGUCAUCCUUCCAGAAGGUUCCCCGAUGCGUGUACACAUCUACAAGUUUAUAUGAAUACCGGGGUUGGGAUUCUAAGGCUGCCAACCCCCAGCAUCGCCGUUUUACCUGGGGUCUCCGAUCCUUGGAGAGGCAUGUUGUCGACUUCUACAUUUCCGACUUUCAGUCUGGGUUAAGAGCCUUGGUUAAAACUGGAUAUGGUGCGAGGGUGACGCCGUACGUGGAUGAGUCGGUUGUUAUUGAUGUUAAUCCAAACAACAAAGAUUUAUCUCCUGAAUUCCUCCGGUGGUUGUCUCAAAGAAACCUGUCCAGUGACGACCGAGUCAUGCGAUUGAAAGAAGGGUACAUCAAAGAGGGAAGUACGGUGAGCGUAAUGGGGGUUGUGCAGAGGAACGAGAAUGUGCUGAUGAUCGUUCCUCCCUCCGAGCCAAUCUCCACCGGAUGCCAAUGGGGCAAGUGUUUACUUCCGGCAAGCCUCGAAGGCAUAGUGUUACGAUGCGAAGACACCUCUAAGAUCGACGUGAUUCCUGUGUAGUAUUUCACCCUCAUGUUUUUCAGGUAUAUAUUAUAUAUCUUUAUGUAUGCCGAACAAAGACAGAAGACCGGAAUGGUGUUUGAUGGAUCCUACCUACAUUGUUGUUAUUGUUGUUGUUGUUGUUGUUGUUGUUGAUGUUGAUGUUGUUUUCCUUGAAAUGGGUGUAUAGUUUUCUGUUAUUUCUUCUUGUCCUUGUUUUAUUUUGUUCUUUUUGUGUUCAUUAGGAUUGAUAGGUUCUGUAACAAGGUUGGAUUCAGUGGUACAGUGGAAGAGUGUCUUUGAUGUGUUAUUGUAUUUUGAAGGAAGAGAGGAGUGAAAUCAGUGCUUUAUUUUGAGAUCUUUUA